UAUACACAGUAUCAGAAAAAGAAAAAAAAAAUCGAAAACCCCAUUUUCAUUAUAGCUAAACCCUAGCGAGCCAGUUGCCUGAACGCAUUAAACCCCCCAACAAAAAAAAAAAAACGGGCAUCGCCAAGUUUUCAUGGCUCAUCGACGGUGCCUCCAGUCACUGGCCCGCCGUGCUACGGCUCUCAUUUCUCUCAAAACGACUCGGCCUCUCUCCACCCUCGAAAUGCUAACCUCGAAAUCAAAUCCAGUAAUAACCAUCACCAAUUUGGAACCGUCGUGGUGCACCCGCUGGUCCCACUCUCGUUACUUCUCGUCCAGCAAAAGCGACGACAGGGAGAACGAAUUGGAAAUGGAAGAGGCCAGCGAUGGAGAAACAGAGGACGACGAGGCGGCGUCGGAUUUAGAUAGGGAUUACUCGCCUGAGGAGAAGGAAGCAGAGGCCGCGGCUAUUGGGUACAAAGUGGUGGGCCCGCUCCAGCGGUCCGACCGUGUAUUCAAAGAUUAUGAGCCGGUUUUCGCAGUGGUUCAGAUCGGAUCGCAUCAGUUUAAGGUGAGCAAUGGGGAUUGUAUUUUCACAGAGAGGUUAAAAUUCUGCGAAGUCAAUGACAAGUUGAUUUUAAACAAGGUUCUCUUGCUUGGCUCACCUACCCAAACAAUUAUCGGUAGGCCUAUUCUCCCAGAUGCAGCUGUUCAUGCUGUUGUUGAGGAGCAUGCAUUAGAUGCUAAGGUAAUUAUUUUUAAGAAAAAGAAAAGGAAGAAUUACCGUCGAACCAAAGGACAUCGCCAGGAAUUGACUAAGUUGAGAAUAACUGAUAUACAAGGAAUUGAAAAACCAGAAAUGAAAACUGAUGGGAAGCCAUUAAAGGCAGCUGUUAAGAAGCCAGAGGAGAUUGUUGCUACUGCUUAAGAGGGAAUUUUUCCCCAUGGUUUUGUUUUGCAAAUAAUGGCUGCUCGUGUUUUUAAUCUCAGGGUUAUACGAUCUUCAUACCAGCGGUGACUCUACUCCACCUUCCUGAUUUGCUCAAUGUACAUUUUGGAUGUCCUAUGAAGCAAAAUAUCACCAUCCAACAGGGCACCUGUUGUGGCAUUGGUUUUGUUCACCCAUGCUUGUCUGCAACCAAGUGAAUUAAGAAAUAUGCCCAUGCUAAAUUUUUGUGCUAUUGUAUUUCUUCUUCUUUUAUUUGUAUUAAGUAGCCUAGUACUAACUUUCAGUUGACAGUACUAUAAUUUGAUUAUUUCCAGGCUUUCAAUCCUUUGAAUCUUUUGGGAUUUACUCAACACUGGGAUAUCAAAACAGUGGUUGCAGAGCACUGUCUCAUGGGAUGUAACAUGUGGUUACCUGAAUAUCUGGAAUUCAUUACGAUUUUUUCCCCUAAUAAAUCCGGAAUCCUAUGUUGUA